GGGGAGGCAGAAGGAGGCCAGAAAGUCAGGUUGAGGGUUCAAAAGGGCCAGGGUGGCUGGCCUCUGGGGACCUGAGGACUUUGUCCUAGGGAGGAAAUGGGGGUCCCCAAAACUACUGACCAGGAUUCGGGGAGUAAUUAAAACUCUUUUACACUGAGGGAACACCCAAAACUCUGGAAGAAAGGAUCCCUGAGGGCUGUGUCUCUCUCCCUGGGCCCUUCAGACCUCGGGCCUAGCCGGGCACUGUCUUUGACUCCUUUUAAACACAUGGUAAGAACUUACUGUAAUUAGUUAAUGCUUCUUUAACGAUUUUAUUUGUUUGUUUAUUUUUCAUGUUUAUAUUUUGAGAUCAAGAGAGAGCAGGGGAGGGACAGAGAGAGAAAGACCAAGGAUCAGAAGCAGGCAGCCGGAGCCCAAUGCAGGGUUCGAACUCCUAAACGGUUGGAGUGUCUUCAUAGCUGCUUGAGCAGGAAAGGACAUAAAAGAAAAUCUCCCCAAGGCCUGUUUUCCAAACGAGGAAUUAGGGGUCCAGAGGGGCUAAGGAACUUGUCCAGAGCCAAACGGCCAAGCUGGACCCAGGUGGCCCAGCAGCCGAGUGCCCCGUGGCACAGUGUCCCUGUGCAUAGAGAAGGAAUGUCUCACGCAGGAUCCCUCUCCAGGAGCGUCUUUUUGAGCACCUUCCUGCAGGAGCAUGGCCCGGAAGUUCUGGACGUUCCUGGCAUGACCGAUCUCGUGGAGUACUAUGAUCCUGGGCCCUCCCCUAACAGCAACAGCCCCGACGAUGUGGCCAUGCGGCUGGCCUUCAUCGGGGACGAGAUGGAGGUGAGGUGGAUGAUGCCCCGCGUCGGCGAGCUGCCCGGGAUGGCCAUGUACAGCUUGGCCUUCACCUACAACCAGACGGGCCUGAGAGGUGUUCUCAGAAGUCUCGUGGAUGGUCUGGCCAACCUCAGGGAGAACAUACGGAUCUGGGGCUUCCUGACCCUCAGGAGCAGGGUGUCCCCCAACUCCGGGCGCGGGCUGGCGCUGUCCCUGCUGCUGCUGGUGUUGCUGCUGGGCUGGGGGCUCCACCUCCUCCAGUGACUGUCCCCUGCUGCUCAGCGCGGGGGCGGGGCUGGCCUCGCCCCCCUGACCACCACCCUGGAGGUGGCCUCAGUUGGUUUUGUUGUCUUUUUAACUGUUUUCUGAUGAUCCCUUUUUUUUUUUAUAUUUAAACUCUGAGUGCUGGGACACUACUGAGGUUUCAUACUAGUUUUUUCUUUUUCUUUUUGUAAGAGAAAUGAAUUCAUUAUACCUCUGGGGCCGUUACUGGGUAACUGCCCUGCCCGCGCCAAGGCCUGGCUGGGCCUGCUCUCCGGGCCCCACACCGCGCAGUGGCCGGUCCUUCCUCUAGCAGGGCGGUCACAGGGCGGGCAGCGGGGGGAGUGCUGGCCGCACCCCCGUGUCUGUGAUGCCCGCAGCAAAGAAUCUGCUGGAAUAGAUUUGGGAGGGGUAGGAGAGCUCAAUAAAAUGUUGGUUUCCA